ACAAAUCAAAGGCAGAGUGCGCCAAACCGCGACAGUCACAACGCUUCGAGCGCCCGUCGCAUGCACACGCAGCCUCCCGCGAGCGCCCCGCUGGACCAAUAGAGAUACCUUUACGCGACGAGGAUAACACAGCGAACGGCAAUAAAAAGAAAAAGAGAGAGAAAGAAAAAAGUUCGCUUGUGCGUCCGCGUAUCAGGGAGACGAGUGUGAGAGAAAGAGAAAAGAGAGAAAGUUGGAGAGAAAGAGAGACAGAGUGUGUGUGAGUGUGUGUUUAGUGCCGGCUACCCUCGCCGGUUCCUCCUCCGCUCAUCUCGUUCGCACGCCCGUCGCGCGCCCCGCCACACACCCGCCGCACAGCGACCUGUUGACUUCAGCGCCGCCCGUUACAAGAUGGCGAUGACCCGCUGCCUCCUGGAUACCGCCGCCGCCACCUGCAGCUGCCCGCUCUGCGGCUGCCACCAGCAGCAGCAGCGCACCGGUCCAGCCCCGGCGGCCCGCCCAGCAGCGCCCCGGAGACGGCACUACCCGUCGUUCACCGGCAUGGCUCCCCUCCUCCUGUGGACUGCAGUGGUCGCGGCCCUCGCCAGCCUGGGCAGCGUGGGCGUGUCCGCCAUGCCCAUGCUGACGGACCAGGGGCAGCGCGCAGAGCCGUACGUCCCGACCGCCAUCCUCGAGUGGUACCUGCAGCAGCGCGACCUGCAGCAGCGAGACAUGCAGCAGCGGGAGGCUGACCUGGACCAGCCGCCGGUGCAGCAGCUCCAGCCCAGCGAGAUCCAGCAGCAGUUCAGGGAGUGGCUCACCACGCAGCUCGCCCGGCUACCCGCACCCGUCGAGCAGGGCGAGGAGGCGAACAAGGCCCUGGUGGGGCCCCCACAGCCCAAGCGAGGAAACUAUAUGGCCCUGUGCCACUUCAAGAUCUGCAACAUGGGCCGGAAGCGAAGUGGUCGGCUCCAGUCCCAGGACCUUCCCUGAAGAAAAACUACAUUUCAUUUCGCGCCCGCCACGCCCCGCCACGCAAAGCAACCAGCUCUCGCUCCUCCACCCUUUGGCUUGACCACCAUCACUAAAACUUUAAAUUCGGCUGAGGACUGAUUCCUUUCUCUUCGAGGCUCAAGCGCGGGCUCCAACCUUCGUGAAAGUCGCCUCCGCACAGCAACUUUUGCUCUAUAUGUUACCAUCCUCGUUUAUCGUUAACCCAUAGACAGUAGGAAAGCUUUGUAUUUAUUAGCAAAAUCAUCACCAUUUUACUCGUUUGCCACUUCCACGUUUGGGACACGGUCCGCUACGACCGCUUGAAUACACAAUCACAUUCUCAAUGGGGUUUAAUAAUGAUUUUAGUUUGUUUAGUUUUACGACUACCCUAUGUACAAUAAUUACUUUUUAACAACGGACUGCUACAGUAAUGCAUAUAUACUUUUAGUUUUAAGAAAAUGCUUCAGUAGGCCAUAGUAAAUGAAAACAUUUAAAAAACAAGAAAAAAAUGGGGAAAGAAGAACAAAGUCAGGGAAACCUCUAGUGCAUGCAGGAUGACAAAAUGUACUUUUCUGCAUGAUGAACAAUAUGCAGUAAAUAGUAAACAAAUAAGGGUGAUUAGAGGAUUCCCUGCAUUCAAGAACUUGUGUAUCAAAGAAAGAUGGAAGUUUAAACCUGAUAUGUUCCUUUCAAAUGGUAUUUUCAAAUAGUAUUAUUUUAGAAAUACAGAAAAUUGCAUCCCUGCCCUCCCCUCUUUGAAUGUAAAUUUUCAUCCGAAUGUAGUUUUAGAAAAUAGAUCUCCUGCAUACCUUCUCAACCACCUCGCCUAGUACCUCACUUGUUAGAAAAAAAAUUGUCCAAUAGACUUUUAAUUUAAUUUUGUUCUGUAUUUAGUUCCAGGCUGACUUUUAUCUGGAAAAAAUAAGACAUCAGUUUCAAAGUUUAAGUUAAGUUAUUCAAAGAAAGCUGUAAUGAUUAGGGGCUGUAGCUUCUGAGAAUGCUCUUUAAGUUUCUGAAUUUAGUUAUAAGACUUUCUUCUUGUGAGAUUAAAAACUAGGUCAUCCAUAAUGUAUUGUUUUAAGUUUUGCUUCUGGCACAAAGUUAUUUUGAAGCUGUACUGUACAUCAUAGAAAUAAAUUGUUUUUAUUAUGUUAAAA